CUCUGGAGCACCUUCUUUCCCCCUUUCUUCACUGGGCCAGCGUUCCUCUCCUCUUAAAUCGGAGGACCUUUCACGCCCAGUCUCCAACAGGACCGCACACAGAUCAUGUUGCUGGUCCUCGCUUUCGCACUCUUGGCCCUGACCAGGGCGGAGGUCGACGUGAUAACAUCGCCGGGUCCGGGCAAUCAGUACGUCAGACUUCAAACCGGGCAUCAUAGGGAUGAUGGGAAUCUGAGCGAAUCGUCUGUGCAGGUGAAAGACGAAGGGCUGACGGGUGUCCAGGGGAAAUAUCCGGUGAAAAAAGCCGAGGUAGGCACAUUGAAAAAGGACUCAUCUUCUUUCAAGGCUACCGUGAAGGACGAAGGCUCGUCAGGCGUGCUGAAGAAGCAAUCGGGCAACGGCGUCCCUUCACUCAAGCACUUCCACUACGACAUCAUCAGUAAAGCCAAGCCCGACGACAAAGGCGGGCUCGAUUUCGACGACGACUUCCAUCCCCUGAACAAUAAGAAGCUCGUCCCUGCCGGCACGUCCCAGGCGUCGAGGGUGAACGUGAAGAAAGGACCCAACGGCCAGGACUACGAGUACGAGUACGUCUAUUACUAUUACGACGAAGACGAGGACGACACGCCCGCCACGACCCAACGUCCUCGCUACUCGGAAGUCGAACGGGCCACCAGGAGGAAGGAGCAAGACGACGAGCCGAGGAGGAGGUCCGAGGACAGGUUCAGGAGCAGGCAAGAACCCGAGGAGGAAGGACCCAGGAGGAAAUCGGAUGAAAGGUUCAGGAGCAGGCAAGAACCCGAAGAUGAAGAGCCAAGGAGGAAAUCCGACGACAGGUCCAGAACCAGGUACACGACGAUCGAAAGGUCCAAGGGUAAAGAGCCCGUAGCCACCACGGCCGAGCCCGCCGUCAACGAGGUGCUGCCCAGGGGAGGUCAAAGGACAAGAGGGAGGCAGAUGGAACAGGCGGACGAAGAGAGGUCCAAUACGCGGUUCCCGUCGAGAGGGAGGGGCCAGGCUCAGACGACACAGCAGCCCAUCACGGACCCACCGGUCAGGUCGAGGACAGGAGGUGGAAACGUCAGAAGACCCAGUUUGGUCGACAGCAGCAGCUUCAGGACUCAUUCGAGCGACGUGGCGCCGGAAACCGACCCGGGAAAAUAUUAUACGAGAGGGUCCGAAGUCGUUCAGGACACGAGGGAAUCUGACUUGGAAGAGUAUGUAACUGACACGCUCCAACCGACGACCUUCUCGCCUCAGACUACGCCCAAAUACACCCAGGAGACAGGAGACAAUAUGCCGGAUAAAGCGGCUCUGGAUCUGUACGCGAUAUUACAGCAGACCCAGGAGGAAAACUACGUCUCGGAGGAGGUGGAGGAAACGACGACCAUGAUGCCAACUACGACGACACCUGAGCCGACGACGACACCUACAACGACGACGACGACAACAACGACAACGACGACGACGACGACACCGGCGCCGCUUCCUGGGAGAGGGCGUUUCCGCGGUGUCGGCAGCGCCAGGACCCGCCCUCGUCACGGCUACGGCUCGACGACCCAAGCGCCUCAGGAGCCUCAGAAAGACAGCGAAGAGCCCAAACGUUCUAAGUUCCAACCCAGCAACACAAGAAACCACGGAGCUUCGAGCUACGCGAGAAGGGGUUCCCAGAGGAGUUCGACGACCCAACAACCCCAGGAAGAGAGCACGACGCACAGGCCGAGGAGCAGUUUCGGUUCGAACAGGUACAACAGGCCGAGAGGUAGACAGCCGGUGCAACAUCAGGAUGAGGAAAAGGCGGAAUCAACGACUCAAGCGGCCACUUCGCCACGUCCGACGCGGCCUAGGCUCAACAUCAGCGGUGCCAGGCCGUUGAGACCCGGCCCGAGGAUCAACCUGAGAGGAAAGCUUCCGGUCACAUCGCCAACGCCAGCGCCUCAGGAAGAAGCCCCGGCGCCGACCCAACCUACGCACCAGGAGGAAUCGCCGGCGGAGACGACCCCGGCCCCGGCCGCACCCCCGGCGCCCCAGGAUGCCCUGGCCCGGCUCCGGAACCGGCCGAGGCUCCGUGUCAGCCCGAGGCCCCACCACACGACGCCGGCGGAGCCGAGCCCGCCGCCCGUCAGCGAGCAGCAGGAAGACGUCCAGCCUGAGGAAGCUCAGCAACCGCCGGCGACGGAACAGAGCAGGCCAGCACAGUCGCACCUCCUCAGACGCCGCCCCGCCAUCAGGAGGCUCACACUCCCACACUCACAGCCCCAGCAACAGCGACGAUAAAUAAAAAUAUAAUCAAAAAUAAUUUA